AUGUCAGACACGCCAUGGUUGCUGCCCAACUUGGCAUCUGACACACAUGAAAUUGUCCCGCAACCAGCAGCCAAAAGAUUGAGACAUGCACCGGGCGUUCAAGCGGUGCUGUUUGACUUUGAUGGUACUCUCACUACCCGCGAGGAGAUUCCAGGCUGGCGACUCUUUCCUGACCGUGGAGGUUUCAAUCGCCAAGGUCCAGAUAGCUCCUGGCUAAAGGAACGAGGAUUUGGUGGCCAAGAACGUGUUGCGCAUUUGCGUGCGAUGCUAUGCCACUUGAAGCGCCUUGGGGUCCAGAGCCACAUCGUUUCCUAUGCAGAUCGUGAUGUCAUCCAGUGUGCCCUUGCCAUUUUAGAAAUCGGAGACCUGUUUGUGGACAUUGCAGGGCUUCAGGAUUUAGGAAACUUCGCCAGCAAAGCAUCCUUUAUCCAAAGCUUCAUUGAUCAACGAGGUCUCAAACCUUCCGAGGUUGCGCCCCUGUUUGACUUGGAAUUCUUUGCUGAGUCAGCUGCUGUCCCCAGGGGCCUUGGACUAGCAGCAGCUGAGAUGGACUGCAUCGUCCAGCUGUGCAAAGGUCACACUGUAGAGCCAGCACCUGCUUUGGACGGCUGCAAUGAGACCGACGAGAAUUGCGAAAAAGCUGAAUCAAGGCUCUCCUUGUCUGGCUCACACUUCGUAGUCCAGGAGCGUGGUGUGCAGACUUUUCAUGCCCAGUUGCAAGUAUCAAACUUCACACUGUCACAUCAGGCCAAGCAGUUUUCUGAAACAGGGAUCAAGGGAAGAGCAAUUCUACAAGAACUUGCAGAUGCAAAGGGAGACAGCAGAUCAGUCAGCAUCAAGCCAGAGGAAUCAAUCGAUCUGAAAGGCUGCAUUUCGCAGGAGUCAUGUCAGGCAUCCGACGCUGCCGCCUGGUACGGCUCACUAGCAGCAGCCAGGUGGACCAAGAUGGACCAAACAGCUGUUUGGCCGUUUCGCAAUUCAGAGAAGGAGCACUUUGAGGUCAUCAAGUCCGCCUGUCGUAUUUGUCAUAGCUUGGAGGACAGCCGUGAUGAUCCAUUGGUAGCACCGUGCCGUUGCGACGGCUCAUUGAGAUAUGUGCACAACACUUGCCAGCAGGCUUGGCUGUCUCAUCGGCGCGGACCGGUGGAUUUCAAUUGUGAGCACGCACCCCGCUGGGAACAUUUGCAAAGGUAUGGUGGUUACAGUGGCGCCUUGCUAGCUGCCGUCUCAGGCGUGCCAGUGCUCAGGUCCAGGUUCAGUCAGGCAAGGCGUAGCGCCAAAAAAGAAAUUGAGGCAGAAGGAGGAUUCUCCUUAGAGCCUCCAAGCGGCACUCGUGACUUCUUUCCGGAGGACAUGCGGAUGCAAAGAUGGCUCUUCGAUCGGUUUCGGGAGACUGCGCAGCUGUAUGGAUUUCAGGAGUAUGAUGCUCCAGUGUUGGAGAGCGAAGACCUCUACAAACGCAAGGCGGGGGAGGAGAUUACGGAACAGAUGUACAACUUCCGAGAUAAGGAAGGUGCGGCCGUGACUUUGCGGCCCGAAAUGACGCCUUCAUUGGCGCGCAUGGUUCUGUCGUUGAUGCGGGCAGAAACAGGCGCUAUUGCGGCAGUGUUGCCGUUGAAGUGGUACUCAAUCCCACAGUGCUGGCGAUUUGAAACAACACAGAGAGGAAGGAAACGAGAACACUACCAGUGGAACAUGGACAUCGUGGGUGUGUCCGCAGUAACUGCUGAGGCGGAAUUGCUCUCGGCAGUGGUCUCCUUCUUUGAGAGCGUUGGGAUCACAUCCAAAGAUGUGGGGCUGAAAAUCAACUCGCGGAAGGUCUUGGCAGCCGUGCUCAAUGCCGCAGGAGUGCCUUCUGAAAAGUUUGCAGAAACCUGCGUCAUCAUCGACAAGUUGGACAAGAUUGGUGCCGAUGCUGUGAAGAAAGACCUGGCCAAGUUGGUGGGCCUCUCUCCAGAGGUGUCAGAUACCAUCGUGGCCGCCACUGGAGCCAAGACGCUGGAGGAGUUCGCCGACAUCGCUGGUGUGGGUGAGAGCUCGGAGGUUGAAGAGCUGCGUAGACUUUUUGCACUGGCAGAAGAUUAUGGCUUUGCAGACUGGCUGCAGUUCGAUGCAUCCGUGGUGCGGGGUUUGGCUUACUACACCGGCGUGGUCUUUGAAGGCUUUGACCGUGCCGGUGUGCUUCGGGCCGUGUGCGGUGGCGGGCGCUAUGACAAAUUGCUGGAGUUGUACGGAUCCAAAAAGGAAGUGCCCUGCGUGGGCUUUGGGUUUGGUGACUGUGUCGUCAUGGAACUCUUGAAGGAAAGAAACGUGCUUCCUGAUCUGGGAGCAAAUGUGGACAUGGUGGUGGCUGCAUACAAUGCCGAUAUGAUGGGCAAGGCCAUGAACGUGGCCCGACGCCUGCGGCUGACGGGCAAAAGCGUGGAUGUCUAUCCGGAGCCCGGGCGGAAGGUCAAGAAAGCUUUCCGCUACGCCGACAAGGUGGGCGCCGCCAAAAUUGCCUUCGUGGCGCCGGAUGAAUGGGAGAAAGGUGAGGUGCGCAUUAAGGAUUUGCGAUGCGCUGCUGACACGCCAGAUGAGAAGAAGCAAUGCGACAUCCCCUUGGAGAAAUUGCUUUGCCGUUCAGGUCUGGCGUGUCGGCUAACAAUGGCCACACGUUUCCAGGUCCUUUUUGUGUUGUUAGCAUCUGUCUUGCUGUGGUCAGCUCAACUUGGCUCCACAUGGCAGGGCAUGCAACUGGCUGGAAAACUUCUUCUAGCCGGCUGGCGCAACGUAGGACGAGUGAGUCAUCUUUUCUCAAGUCCACAGUCACAGGCACCGGCCUUUCUGAACUUCUGCCAGACCUUCACUCAAUGUGCACAACAACGAACGGUGGUUGCCAUUGUGACCUUGAUGGUGGCACUGAACUUCUUCCGCUCUCAUCGUCCUGUGCUCUUGGGUGAGGAACUCAUGAUCAAAGUGUGUACGGUGAAAAUUGGUGGCUGUGUCCUGGUUUUCUUGCAUGAGAUCAUUUGGGUCUUCCCUGCUGUGAAGAAGAUGGCCCCGCUCUAUGCAUGGAGUGCUUUAGGGCACACACUGCUGAUGGACACCUUGAUCUUGGCCUUCCUCAGGGUACCUCGUGAGGAGCGCUGCGGACGCCAGGCCUUUUGCCGCGUCUUACAGGCAGCAGUGAGUUUGACGGGAGACUUUUUACCGUUUGCAGCUGUGUUCUUUCUUUGGCUUGCGUCCAUUGGGAUGGUCGUGGCUGCUUCACUGGUUCCAUGCAUGGCCUUGCUCUUGCAUGAAGCUGUAAAAGACUUGCGACGGCGUCGCCUGCAACAUGGAACGGUGCAAAUGGCAAUGUUCAUUGUGUGCUUGGCCAUCAGAAUCACUUGCACAUUUGCUGCCAACGUCGCCAAGGGUGACGGAGAUGGCUUGGCACAGUGGUUGGAGCGAGGGUCUGUGGCACUUUGGCUUUCCCUCGAGAUGGCCACCCUGAUCGACUUCUCAGUUGUCCGGAACAGUGUCUCCUGUGCUCGUGAUGGAACGUCUCAGGUCCUCUGGACGAUGGCGUGUUUGGGACAGGUCGUGUUGGUGGUGUGCAGCUACUUACACUAUGCCAUGCCUCGGAUGUUGCAUGUGGAAGGUUGCAGAAGCAGAUCGUUCCCCUUCCCUGCGCCCCGUCGACAAGGUCCUCAGGAGUCAUCGGUCCUGUGUCAAUUUCAAGAACUACUGGCGGGAACUCGCUGUCACGAGGGCACUGUUUCACUGCAGGUGGCAGCCGCAUCGAUGAUGCUCCUAUGCUUUUGGAGCAUACAUGCUUCUGUUUUCCGCGCCUGGUUCAGAAGGAUGAAGCAGGUGGUCACUCAGGCUCUGACUCACAUCGAGCCAAGUCAAGUGACCUUCUUUGAUCACCCUUUCCACAAAACGCAUUACCGGCUUCCGACAACGCCACCAAGCCCCAACUGA